AAUUGCUUUGUGAAUUGUGAUUUUAUAUGUCUGUCUGUGUAUUUGUGUUAUUUUAUUUUUCUGAUUCAUCGCCAUUUGUGUCAAAGCUUAGAAUAAAAUUAGGAAUAUUGUAAUUUGGUGUUUUAAUCAGAGUGAAAUUUGAAAUGUAGUGCCUUAUUGGAAAGUUAUCGUGUAUGGCGCUCGGUGGUGUUUCUAUCGUUCACGACGCGAAGAUGAUCUCAUUGGCGUGCUGACAUUAGUUUCGUUACGUUCUUUUCGGCGAGAUAUCUUGAUCGUUUUAUUGUUAUUGACCAAGUCCAAUGACCUUGUAACGUUAAAUAAAUUAAUAGAAACUUAUUUGACAAAAUGAAGAAGCAGUUCUAUAGGGUGAAACAACUCGCCGACCAAACCUUCUCAAGGUCUGGCAAGGGUGAACCUUUGACUGACGAGUUACAAACAGCAGACAGGAAAGUGGAACACCUCAAAAAUGCUUUGAGUCUUAUCAGCAAAAGAUUAGCCACCCCUGCAGGCAAUACCCAAGGUCAGGACCCAGCAGCAAGGGAGAAGAGAUUAAAAAAACUGCCAGAAUAUCUCCUAGGACUGUCUAUGUGUGAAGCUAGUAACUUUGAUGAUGAUGAUAGCAUUUUAAAAUACAUUUUACAUGAAUGUGGUAAAACAGAGAAGUUUCUUGCAAAUGAGAUAGCUGAACAUGAACUGAAAGUUGAACAGCUAGUUUGCGCUCCACUUGCAGCAAUAAGCGAACAUGAGCUCCCAGCUAUAAUGAAAGCUAAAAAACACCUCACUAGACUUAUAAAUGAGAAAGAGUCUGCAGCUAGUCGAUAUAAUAAUUUAGAGCGUCAAAAAGAGGAGAACCCAACAAAGUUCAGCGCGGCAAAGGAGGAGUUAGAGGAAGCCGGUAACAAGGUGGAAGCGGCGCGGGACGCCCUCGCGGCGGACAUGUACGCGCUCGUGGCUAAGGAAGCGCAGUUGGCGCACACGCUGCUUCAGUACGUGAAGUUGCAACGGGCGUAUCACGAGUCGGCGCUGCAUUCCUUACAAGAUACCGUCCCUGAGCUAGAAAGGUUUAUAAACGACAGCUCGGUGAAGCCCGUGUUCGGCUACCCGCUGGAGGAGCACCUGCGCGUGACGGCGCGCACCAUCGCCUUCCCCGUGGAGCUGUGCGUGUGCACGCUGCACGAGCUGGCGCUCCACGAGGAGGGGCUCUUCAGGAUCGCGGGCGGUACAUCGAAGGUGCGACGGAUGAAGCUAUCCUUAGACGCGGGCCUCUUCAGUGUUCCGCUCCCCCCGGACUACAAAGAUAUGCAUGUGGUAGCGUCGGUACUAAAAUCAUACCUUCGAGAGCUGCCUGAGCCUCUGCUGACGUUUCGCCUGUACGAGAACUUCAUCCUAGCCUCGAAGCAGCCCUCGGAGCAAGCCCGACUCAACGCUCUCUGGGAGGCCAUCCACCUCCUGCCCGACGCCAACUUCCAAAAUCUUAGGUAUUUAAUUAAAUUUUUGGCUGCCUUGACGCAAAAUCAAAGCACAAACAAAAUGACGCCCUCGAACCUCGCCAUCGUCAUCGCGCCCAACCUGCUAUGGGCGCCCGACGAGAGCACCUUCGACAUGAACAUCACCACCGCCGUCAACUGCGGCGUGGAGCUGCUCAUCAAGCACGCGCACUGGUUCUUCAAGGACGACCUCAACUUCUUCAUCUCGUUCACCAAGGAGGACCUGCUGCCCGACCAAUGCGAGUACGGGUUCACGCCCACCUUCGCACAGGGCUACCCGCAGACGGCGGCGCUCGCGCACGACCAGCCCAACGGCGACCACGGCAUGAGCAAGUCGCUGCUGGCCUACAACCACCAGGCGCCCGGCCGACACUCGCGCAGCAACAGCCACGACACCAGCCUCAUCCUACUGGACAACGACAUGAAGAAGACUCAGUCCAACAGCUCGCUGUCCGACCAAUCUAGUCCCCCUCACGGCAGUCCCAAACCUAUGGUGCGCCGAGGGAAGAAACCCCUGGCGCCGGUGCCGCCCAACUUCACGCCCGACAAGCACAAAAAAGUGGAGGCUCAAACGCAGGCCUCGGAAGCGCCCAAAGAGCAACAGAAUUUGACGAAGGACCCGGAGAAGCCGGCGAAACCUCCGCGACCGGUCAUCUCCGAGAGUUCAGGGAAAAUCAUAUCAGGCGUGCAGACCAUCAACCGCUCCACGUAUCGGAGAGCGAACAAGGAGGAGGCCGCGCGAAGCGGCAGCCGAGAAAACCUGGCGGAUAUCCGCCGACAGAGUUUAGAGUUCGAAAAGGAUAAAUUCGACAGUUUGAAGGCGAUGGAGAGUAGGAACGACAAGGAGUCCACGCUCGUGGUCAAGAAUGUAACCGCGCAAUCCGGAGUCGUGAGCAGGAUGAGAGUGGGCGACGUGAACAGCGGGCCGGCCUCGCUGGGCUCGGAGAAAUCUUCGGACAAGUGUGCAAGGGUUCAAAUGCCGAAGCCUUCGAGUCAACCGCCGCCUCGCCCCGUCGCCGCGCCUCGUACUAUACUGCCUGCGCCCGUCGAGGCCGAGAACGAGGUGCAGCUGAGGCACAAGCCGGCCGUGCCCGAGCGCCCCGCCACGCUCCGUCCGCAGAGCUUCCGCGGACAGCGGACCUCCCUCACAGACAACGCCGAGAUCACACCCACAGUCCUCGAGCGCACUCACAUAUACACGGUGGACAAGCAACAUCCGACCGUCAUACAAGUAGGCGGGGCGCCCGAAGACGAGGGGUCGCGGAGUACGGUGCAGCGGACGCACAGCUCGGGCGGCAAGGACGUGGAGUUGGAGGAGCCCAAGACCUUGACCAGCGCGAGCAGGCAACUGUCACAAUCGGAAGGCAACAUAACGGAGGGCGGGCCCAAGUCCCCGCGGCCGCAGCCGGCGCGGCCGCCGCGCCCGCUCGUGCCGGCGCCGCCGCCGCCCGUGGCGCCCGCGCACGAGAGCACCGACCUCUAGUCCAAACCGCCUUAUAGUAUUACAGGAGUCCGUACUACAGAUUCCCGCAUCCAUCGCUUACCGUGAUAGCAAGUCCAAGCUGAUAACGUCGUACUCGUCGAAUGUAUGACUGCAUGCAAUAUUAUGUAUAAGCAGACACGCGUCAUAUGUUUUGCGUGCCCAGGGACUUGUAAAGUAGGUAGGUAUGCUAAACAUCAUAUUGUAGGAUAGGAUAUUGGAUAGUGUGAGAACGCUCUGAGGCGUUUUACAUAAAGGCGUGGUAAAACAGAGUAUUAGAAACGUAUUCCUCUUCCGCUACGAUCGCUCGGACCGUGUAGAGAUGGAGCAAGACUGAUGCCCUCUAUUUAAUGUACGCUAGAUAUUCUAAAUAGAUCGCUUCUAAAUUACAAUUCACAACGUAAGUAAGUACAUUACUAUAUAAUUGUAUAAUUAUUAUAUUUUUUUUGCAGAUAACCUAUUUAUUUUUGUAAAAUGAUGACUUUUAUUAUCAUAAUUAUAUUGUAGUUUUACAAAUCGGUGAAUCAUAAUGGAACAUCGUCGCAAGUGCUAUUUUUUUCUAACCAUUAUUCCAUACGGACAUAUCAGCUCGAGUCAAUUUAGCUUUUUACGCGAUCGAGUAUACUUCGUGCUUUAUAAAGUUUUGUACAAUUUAGGUGUAAUAUGUUGCAGUAAAUCCUUGUGAUAUUAGGAGAUUCGGCGCCUCGGCCGCGGCGGCCGGGGGGUGCACAAACGUAUAACUAGUAGCCAUAUUUUUUAAUAUUUACGAAUUGACAGUGCAUUAUGCCAGAAACAUGAUUGUAAGACGCCCCGCCACGCGUGACCAAAAAUAUACUUACUCGUAACGCCACGCGUCUUUCUACAAUUAGUGUUAUUAGCGUUUUUAGAAAAUAUACGUGGCGGGCGUGGCAGUCUGACAAGGCUCUUUUGGCACUUGAGUGAGGGCGCAGUUGUAGCUUUAUGUCGACACAGCGAACCAUAUCAACAAAUGCACUUCUCAAGAUGGCGGCUUUAGUACCGAUUUUGGCCACGCGCCAAAAGAGUCUUGUCUGACUGUAAUCGGAAAUGAUGUAGCUAAUUAUUUCCUCUCACUCACACACUACACAAGUGUGUAAGUGAGAAGGAAUCAUUAACGCUGCCCUUUUUCGAUUCGUUCUUUGUACAGUCAGCAACAAAGCUAAGUUUUCCUCCGCCAGUACAAGCGACUAUGGACGGGUGCAAACCUAGCUUUGUUGCCAGCUGUACUAAGAAUUCACGUAACGCGCGUGGGGUGGCGUGUGAAGAUGCAAACACAUUACUAUUUACUGAUAUAGCGUGAGUUGUGACACUACAUGAGAUUUUUUUAUAUGAAAGCAUGCUAAUUUAUGUAAAAAAAACUAGCCUAUCGUAUAUUUGGAGGCCAGGCAGUUAUAAGGCGCGCAUUAUUAUAGUGCAGCAGCCAAAAUUGAAAACAUGCCGCCUAAUGCGCUGGGAGCCUAAUAUAUGACGGAGUAAUGACGCUCGAGGCGCACUGUGAUUUGCCGUUUUGUCACACACCAGAAUCCAGUAAUGUGUUUGCAGCUUUACAAGAUGUAGACUUGUGCUCGGCCCAUAAGUUGUAAUUUGUAUCAGCCACGCUGUUUCAGUGAAUAUUAACUAGGCUAAUGUAUGUUAUGUAGUAUUUACGAUGUUUUAUGUGAUAUGCAUUUUAUUAAUUAUAUACUGCAAGUAUACAAGCUUCUGUUGUAAGUAAUAAUAAAAUUAAACCCAAAUAUUA